UCCCACCUCCCAGCUCCCUGCGGCAGAGCCUGACCUGCACUGUGACUGAACCAAACUGUCGAUUGGAGUGAAGCCUGAUCCCCUGCAGCCACAGACACCAUGAGACUAGUCCUCCCCAACCCUGGGCUCAAAGACCGGAUCCCGUCCCAUGUGGACCUGGAGAGGAUGGAGAACGAGGAAGCCGGGGACAGGCCCAAGUGGGACAACAAGGCCCAGUACCUGCUCACCUGUGUGGGCUUCUGUGUGGGACUCGGCAACGUCUGGAGAUUCCCUUAUCUGUGUCAAAGCCACGGAGGAGGAGCAUUUAUGAUCCCGUUUCUUAUUCUGCUGGUUCUGGAGGGAAUCCCAUUGUUGCACCUAGAGUUUGCCAUCGGCCAGCGCCUCAGGAAGGGCAGUGUGGGGGUUUGGACUGCUAUUAACCCCUAUUUAGCUGGUGUUGGUAUUGCAUCAAUGCUGGUGUCAUUUGUGGUGGGCAUGUACUACAACACCAUCAUGGCCUGGGUGAUGUGGUACUUCUUCAACUCCUUCCAGAGUCCCCUGCCAUGGAGCCAGUGUCCACUCAAUGCCAAUCUCACAGAUGUGGUUUCAGAAUGCAAACAGAGCUCUCCAGUGGACUACUUCUGGUACAGAGUGACACUGAAUACCUCUACAGCUAUAGAUGAGUCUGGAGGUCUGCAGUGGUGGAUGGUGCUUUGUUUAGUCACUGCUUGGACUGUGCUCUAUAUUUGCUGCAUUAGAGGGAUUGAAACCACUGGCAAGGCUGUGUACAUCACAUCCACUCUUCCAUACGUGGUGCUCACCAUCUUCCUCAUCAGAGGACUGACUCUCAAAGGGUCCAUAGAGGGAAUCAAGUUCCUCUUCACACCAGAUGUAAAUGAGUUGUUGAAUCCGUCAGCGUGGUUGGAUGCAGGUGCCCAGGUUUUCUUUUCUUUCUCCUUGGCCUUUGGAGGUCUUAUCUCUUUCUCCAGUUACAACCCUGUUCAUAACAACUGUGAGCAGGAUGCUGUUAUCAUCUCCAUCAUUAAUGGCUGUACUUCUGUCUAUGCUGCCAUUGUUAUCUACUCCAUCAUCGGCUUCCGGGCCACAGAGCGGUUUGAAGCCUGCCUUAAUGAAAACAUCAUUAUGCUACUGAAUGAAUUCAGUCUAGCUGAGGGGAGCAUCACACAGAGCAACUAUGAUGAAAUGCUGCAAACACUCAACAGCACGAUCUCUGGGUCAGAGGUCAUACAAGGGCUGGGCCUCAACACCUGCAGCAUGAAAUCUUUCCUUUCUGAUGGUGUGGAGGGGACAGGUCUGGCCUUCAUUGUGUUCACAGAGGCCAUCACCAAGAUGCCCAUUUCCCCUCUUUGGUCUAUCCUGUUUUUCAUCAUGCUCUUCUGUCUGGGGCUCUCCACCAUGUUUGGAAGCAUUGAGGGAGUGGUUGUUCCCCUGCAGGAUCUAAAGAUCUUUCCUGCGACGUGGCCCAAAGAGGUGCUAACAGGAACUGUGUGCCUGGUGUCCUGCUUGAUUGGACAAAUUUUUGCCCAGCAGUCUGGUAGUUACUGGUUAGCACUGUUUGACAGUUUUGCUGGCUCCACUCCUCUGCUGAUCAUCGCCUUCUGUGAAAUGAUUGCUGUCUCCUACUUAUAUGGAAUAGACAGGUUCAACAAAGACAUAGAGUUCAUGAUUGGACACAAACCCAACAUCUUCUGGCAGGUCACAUGGAGAGUGCUCAGCCCCUUGAUUGUCUUUGUUAUCUUUGUCUUUUAUUUUGCCACCAAAGUCAGCUCCGAAGUGUCGUACAUCGCCUGGAAUCCAGAAUCGGCUAACUUCCCAGUGUUGGACACAUUAUUCUAUCCUGGUUGGGUCUAUGUUGUCAUCGUCAUUGUGGCUGGAGUUCCCAGCCUUUCAAUCCCAGGAGUUGCCUUAUACAAACUGUUUCAAAGAUGCUGCUGCAAGAAAACCACCGAUGUACCUGUGCUCAACACCAUCUCUUCCACAGUCAGCAUGUCAGACCCUCCCACAAAGUCAUAGAAUGUCAGCAGCAACAUUUAAUUGGAUUGUGUUGAAUAUCUGUAUUAUAUAAUGAUGCAACUUUGAUACUGCAUAUUGCUCACUUAAUGAAGUUACAUGCCACCCCUGUUGCCUUAAAACAUGGAAUUAAUAUUUGUGAGAAUCAAAGUCUCAGAUGUGUAAACAUGCAAAUGUCAAUAAAGCACCAGUUUAUUCUAUUUCAUCAUGCUGUUUAUCAUUAUUAUUAAAGUUUUAUUCUAUGGUGACAUUACUAGUUCACACCAGAUAG